AUGCUGCUGAGCCUGCUUGCUCUGCUCUCUGCAGCCCUGCUAGCCAGAGCAGCCCCUCCAACUUGCUACUCCAGGGUGUUAUCUCUGAGCAAAGAAAUCACUGAGUCCUUCAAGGAGCUGCAGACCUCCAAGGCUAAGGACUCAUGUGUAGAGACGCUGCCCAGGCUGUACUUGGACAUUCACAAUUACUGUGUGCUGACAAAACUGCGUGACUUUGUGGCCUACCCCAGAUGUGAAAGAGUGCUGGAAGUGAGUGAGCUGAAGGAAAAAGCCCGGAGCCUGUACACCAUUAUGAUCUCCUACUGCAGAAGGGACUUGGCAUUCCUUACUGAUGACUGUAACGCUCUGGAAAGUCCCAUCCAAUCUUCCAUUGAGUCCUCUGAAGAUAUUGACAGCUAAAAUGGAGUCAGCCCCAAAGUUGUACCUGGGAAAUUUUCAAGGAGACCAGGAGUCAAGAUGCAUAUAACACUGUCAGCUACAGCAUUAGACCUUUUUUGA